CAGAGCUGAGAUGGACAACCCCACCAUGGCCUUCCUCUUACCGCCCCUUUUGAGAAGCUGCAGAGAUGUCCUUUUUGGAAACAUGCCUGAAAUUUAUGACUUCCACAACAAUAUCUUCCUCCAUCAUCUGGAGAGCUGCCUGGAAGCUCCAGAGAGAGUUGGGUGCUGCUUCUUGGAAAGGCGGGAGGAUUUUCAGAUGUACGAGAAGUACUGUCAGAAUAAGCCACAGUCGGAAUCUCUCUGGCGGCAGUAUGCCGAGAGCCUCUUUUUCCAGGAGUGCCAGAAGAAGCUGGAACACAAGCUGAGUCUGGAUUCGUAUUUGCUCAAACCCGUGCAGAGGUUGACCAAGUACCAGCUGCUGCUCAAGGAGCUGCUGAAGUACAGCACCAGCUGCGAAGGUGUGCAGGAGUUGCAAGAAGCUUUAGUUGCCAUGCUGGAUCUGGUUAAGUCCGUCAAUGAUUCCAUGCAUCAGAUUUCCAUCACUGGUUACGAUGGAGACCUCGGGGAGCUUGGAAAAGUCUUGAUGCAGGGCUCCUUCAGCGUGUGGAUGGGCCACCGGAAGGGCCCGACGAAGAUGAAGGACCUGGCUCGCUUCAAGUCCAUGCAAAGGCACCUCUUCCUCUACGAGAAGGCCCUGGUCUUCUGUAAGAAGAGAGAAGAGCACUGUGACAGCUACGACAAGAGGUCCUCCUACAGCUUCAAGCACUUCCUGAAAAUGAAUGCUGUUGGGAUCACGGAAAACGUGAAGGGAGACCCUCGCAAGUUCGAGAUCUGGUACAGCGGCCGAGAAGAAGUCUACGUUGUGCAGGCGCAAACGUUUGACCUGAAGAUGGCCUGGCUAAAUGAAAUCCGGAAAAUUUUGUUCAAACAGCAACAGCUCAUCAAAGAUGAGAAGCAAGUGUCACCUUUGUGUAGUGAUACAAUUCAACUUUCUCCUCCAUUGAGUAAUGGGAAAAAGCCCAGAGCUUCUGUCAGCUCAGAGGAGAAUGAUUCGGAACGUACCAGCCCCGGAGCGGUGGAGAACUUAGCUUCCUCUUCACAGAGCAAACCUAGCAAAUCCUGGACGGGCAUGUCCCAUUCCUUAGAAAUCUGUGAAGGCCUUGAAGAGUGGUCCAGCCACCAUUACUUCUCAACCUGCUCUGACACGGAAGACGAAGAUGGCAACCAAUUGUCUCCAGGAAAAUAUAAAGCCUUAGCAGAUUGCAAGAAGAGAGACUCAGAUGAACUUCUGGUGAAGAACGGGGAUGUUAUUCAGCUCAUGCAUGAAGAUGGAGAGGGUCAGUGACGCCGCCCAGGAUAGGAUGAGGAAGUUAAGCUCCCCCUGAAUUUAAUGAAUUAAGGCCCAGCCCCUUUGUGAAUACUCCAGUGGAGACAGAGAGGCCAAUUAGAACUUAUUCGGUCAUCUGUGGUCCAAACUAAGGGACAGCCCUUGGCUGUUCUGGUCUGGGCUUAGAAGCUAAGCAGGAUCGAGCCUGGUUAGUCCUUGGAUGGGAGAAUUUUCAAGGGGCUAGGCUAGAGGGGAAGUUGGAAACCCUCCAGAGGAAGACGAUGGCCAUCUAUUUUGAGGAAACUCUAUGGACGUAUCUCUGUAAGCAUCGCAAGUUGAUCUCAACUUGAAAGAAACUUUACCUUUUUUUAUCAUCAAAAACAUCACAUCCCCAUCCAGUGGGACCAUGACUGGGAGCCAGUCUUUCCUCUUCUUUUUUCAUUUUCCUUCCUUCCUCUACUUCUGGAAAACCUCCAUUGUUUUUGACCCAAGGAUGAGACCUCGUCUUCCUCUCAACAAUAUCUCCUGAGUUUCCUUUUGAGAAGGCAUUUGACAGUUCCCGUGGCUUUGGGGGAAGGUUGAAGGACGAGCUUCCGGUUUUUCCAACCACCCCUUUGCUGGGAUUGGCUGGCCUCGACUGAGAUCUUGUGGGGUCUCAAGGAAGCCAACUUUGGUAGGUUUUGAAGGAACUUUGAGAUCAGUCAAAUGUCCUUCUGGUUUUGCUCUAAAGAACCUGGGUUGUGUCUCAAGACUUGGUCAAUGGGAAGCUCCAGAUUGCAGACAUCUCACUGUGGUUUCUUCUACACUGGCCAAGCCAAGGAUCUAGCAAAGUUUGCACGGGGAUUUUUAAGGGGCUGGGGGGGAACAUAUGUGCCAUAACUAAGUCCAGGAUCCAUUUGCACUAUAUGUAUUAAGAUUGUCCUUGUUAGUAGCGAGACUAUAUGUUUUGGCUCUUCAAGAGCCCACUUGUUCUUGGGCAAGGAUUGAAGGCCUUUUCAAAGGGACUUUCCAUCAUUUACUUUCUUGUGCACCUUCAGGAUUUGUACAUUCUUCUUUGUAGGCUCAGGUAAUUUGGUGUCUACAGACUACGGUUACAAAUUUAACCUCCCAAAGCAUUUCUAAUCACAGGGUAACUAUUGGGACAGGCUACUCACAACCACUCAGGGCAGUGAAUGGUGUGCAUAAACCAAAAAAAAAAAAAAUCACUGUCAAUGUAAGUUGUCAUCUAUCUGUUUUCGUUGACGUGUUUCUCAUCUGGUUUUGGGACGGAUUGGGGGUGGGGGGAGAGAUAUUCUUGUUUUAAAAGCCCGGAUUCGCCUGGACCUGUGAAAACAUUUUCUUGUCUUAAUCUCCAUUUCUACACACUUUCCUAGUGGCGGAAGAUCAUGCCGUUGCUGCUCUCCUGGAAUUCCUUGCCAGAAUUCCGUAAACAAGCCAUUUUCACCCCCUUCCCCAUGUAUGUGAAGCACCAUUGAAAUCACGGUACGACACUUUUAAAAUGAGGAUAGGUUCAUUAUGGCGGGACUGCCUGGAUAACCCAAAGGAAGGUUAUUUUAAAAGUGUUCAUCCUCAUGUGUACAGCACAGUUCGAAUCUUUUUAACUUUUGUCUACCAGGUCCUAAAUUGUACAUGCUUCGGUUUACCCACGUAGCAAGUCUGGAUCUAAUGUUUUAGGCUGCGCUCAGAGAUUGACCGCGUCUAGGAUUGCACUUCUGAACUUCGAAAACUUUGCACAAAACCGUUGAGGGCCUCUUAAAAAUAGGCUGGUGUUAAAAUGUCCAUGUGAGACCCCGAGCUGUGGAAUAUAUGCUUUCCCUGUCCCAAUUAUUUAACAGAUUCUGUAAAUGCCAUUGUAAGAAUGAGCUAACUCUAUAUUUAAAAAAGAAUUAUGAACCUUGUUGAAUAAAGAAAUACAGCUAAAGACUUUUCUUUUAGUGCAGAGUGUUUUGUGUCUGCUUCCUGGAUUGAGAAGAGAAAGGCGUCUUUUUCUC